UGAAAACGAAGAGAGAUGGGGUUUGUGGUUUGACCGGAUUUAUUUGCUGUGAUUACUUGCGUUUGGAAUAGAGAAGACUUUCAAGAUGGUCAAGACACUUUGUAUUUGUCAGAUUUGUACGUGUGGGUAAGUGAAAUAUUUCUAAAUUUUCAUUUCCUAUUCAUUAUCGAUGAUUCUGUUUUGCCCAUUGCUUUCAAUCAUCGCGGCGUGUUUUCAAUGACUUUUGGUUUUACGAACAUGAGGAGAUGUCUAUAAUCGUAGCGUUUAACAGAAUUAUUUAGGAAAUUAGAGGGAAGGUUUAUUUUUAUUUUUUUAAUAUUUAGGAGGCAUCGAUGCGCCCACAGACCCGAAGCAAAGACUCCAGUUCAUCCAUGUCGAUUUACAGAGUAUCAAGAUCGCUACAAGAGACAUCCUCUCGACCGCAGAUUGCCGUUCAAACCAGAAUACACGGUCAAAAACUCGUCCCAGCCGAUGGACGAAAAAACAAAUUAUUCGACUGAUUAUGUCCCACAUUCGUAUGCUCCUCCGACAAAACGCGAAAAGGCCCCGUACGUAAGGCCGCAAGGGCAGAUGGCUGGUGAAAGCAGCUACAAACAUGACUAUCCCGGAACCGUGGUCCCUCCCGCUACAUCUGCCAAGCCACUAGCAACGUUUCAUGCUCAUGAGAGUCCGUUUGACGGCAGUACAGUCCAUCAAGAUACUUACAGGCCUUGGGAUUUGAGGCUGUGCAAGAUGGAUAGUAUGAAACCAGAUGCCAUGCCAGCGGCUCGAGAUGGCAAAAUGAAUGGUAAAACCAUCUUUCAAACCGACUACCCUGGAUACUAUUUGGGAAGACGUCCGCAGAUCCGGCCGCCAGACUCAGAAAUCCGCGUGAAUAAGGGUCCUAUGGAGAGUGACACAACUACUAGGCUCGAUUACACUAGAAAACAGGUUCUCCCAGCUGAAUCAGCCAAACCUGUUGAGAAACGCCCCAAUACCAGCCAACCUUUCAGAGGAAAUACCACAUUUAUGGAUGAUUUUGCCUACAGAGGUGGCAGGCCUGCUUCUAGUUUCAAGCCAAUGCAGGAUGUCAUCAAGUCAAAUAAGCCAUUUGAAGGAGACACUACCACAGGUGUGACCUAUAGGCGCUGGGCGAUUCCCAAGCGAGAAGUACGAGCAAAGGAAGCCUACAGACCACCAACAGCCAAGUUUUUAACCAACACCACUUUUCAGCAUGAUUACCCAAAGUGGGACAUACCACCAGCUGAAAGUGCCAAACCUCCAGUCUCGUCAUUUGCAUCUGGCAAGCCUUUUGAGGAUAGUACAACACAUAAAGAUGCAUUCAAGGCAUGGGAAUUACAAGGAACUCAAAGGAGUGGCCGACCCGAUGAAUACAGACCACCAUCUGGGAAAUUCCAUGGUGAAUCCACAAUGCGAAGUCACUAUAGAGGGCAGUAUGUACCUCCAGCCAAACCUGCCCGUCACGAUGCCCACAGGCCAAUGAGUGGGGAGAUGACAAUGAAUACAACCUACAAAGACACCUUCACUGGCGAACGACCUCAUAGUUGUCCUGCACAGGGAAUCCAGCAGUGGCAACCAGGCCCUCAGAGAGGGUACUUCUACAGUCAUGAUAAUCGGGGUCACAGUUACUAUAUGCCACUUUCUGAAACUGUGCAACCCCUUACUUUAACAGCUUAG